AGUUUUUUUUUUCUUUUUCUUGUUUUCGUCUGGUCAAAAAAAAUGUAAACAUUUCGAAUUUUGUUUUCGCAGUUUCAAAGUAUUUAAAUAGCGAGGGAGAUAUUUAAAUAGUUUAAUUUUAUAAUUAGUUAUAAUCAAUAUGUUAAGAUCGUCUGUUCCAGGGAAAGUUAGCAAGGUUUUAAUUUGUGGUUACCGUAGUAGUGGUAAAACGUCAAUACUUGAACAACUGAUUUAUGGAAAUUUCCCUUGUAAUGCUUACCCAACGAUUGAAGAUACAUACUGUGCACUGGUAAAUACUGAUAGAGGAGUGAAAGAAAGACUCAGAUUUUAUGACACUGCUGGCACAGUACCUGGUCAAUCUACAGACUUUCUGAGAAACUAUAUGACUUAUGCUGAGGGUGUUGUUUUAGUUUAUGCUAUCAACAGUAGGGAAUCAUUCUCAUUAUUAGAUCAAGUAAAAAAAGACUACGACAAAAUAAAAGAAAAAAAGGAAGUCCCAAUUAUUGUGCUUGGUAAUAAAAUGGAUCUCCAAAAUGAGAGACAAGUUGAUACUGGUUUAGCACAGGCUUGGGCACAAAAAGAGAAAGUAAAACUCUAUGAAGUAUCUACUUUAGACCGAAGAACAUUAAUUGAGCCAUUUGUAUAUAUAGCUUCAAGAAUGAAUCCACCUCCAAGUAAAUCAUCAUUUCCACAAUUAGGAAAGAAAGGAAAAGCUGGCAGCAUUACUAUGGAACUUUAAAAUCAAAACAAGUUUAUGUAUAAAUUCUUCAUGAAUGGAAAAAGUUUUGUUAUAUUUAUUUACUUGUACAGAAAAUAUUAAAUAAAUUUUUGUAUGAUGUUUGUU